AUGAUUCUAGUGUGUCUCUAUGUUGAUGACAUAUUACUAAAAGGGAUUUGUUCAGAUGAGAUAGUCAAGUUCAAUAAGGUACUGAUGGAUGAGUUUGAGAUGAAUGAACUAGGAAACAUGGUAUAUUUUAUAGGGAUGGAGACUAUGUACUCCGAGAAGAGUAUAAUAUUGCAUCAGCUGAAGUAUGAACUUGAACUUUUGAAGAGAUUUGAGUCAAAAAAUUGCAAGUCUGCAAUCACACCUGCUAAAAUAAAUCGCAAGCUGGAUUCUCAUGUUGAGGGUGAUAAUGUGGAUGCUACAAUUUUUAAACAGUUGGUUGGCUCAUUGAGAUACUUUUGUAACACCAUACUUGGCAUCUAUUAUGUAGUUGGAAUAAUGAGUAGGUUUAUGAACAAACCAAAGUGGGCACGUUGCCAAGUUGUUUUCAGGAUAUUGAGGUAUAUUAAGAGGACUCAAAGGUAUGGAUUUUUAUUCCCUUCUGGUGCUAAAUCUGAUUCAGACUCUGAUUGGUGUGGAGACAGAGUUGAUAGAAGAAGAUCUGAUGAUAAGGUGAGCAAGCCUGUGAGGUUGAUGAUUGAAAAAAUCAGCUAUAAAUCUUGCCAAGAAUCCAGUGUUGCAUGGAAUGAACAAGCACAUUGA